AUGACCGUCAACGGCUCAUCGUCAGCUUUCCCCCACGUCCCCGCGGCCGGCGUCUGGGUGCCCGCCAUCUCCUUCUUCAAUCAUGAGACGGACGAGCUGGACCUCGCCGCCCAGGCCCAGUACUUCUCCUACCUGGCCAAGUCGGGCCUGACCGGGCUCGUGGCCAUGGGCACCAACUCGGAAGCCUUCCUGCUGACGCGCGAGGAGCGCUUCCAGCUCAUCCAGACGGCUCGCGAGGCCGUCGGCCCCAACUUCCCCAUCAUGGCCGGCGUCGGCGCCCACUCCACCAAGCAGACCCUCGAGCUGGCCAACGACGCCGCCAAGGCCGGCGCCAACUACCUGCUCGUCCUGCCCCCGGCCUACUUCGGCAAGGCCACCUCCAUGGCCGUCGUCAAGCGCUUCUUCUCCCAGGUUGCCGCCAAGUCGCCCCUCCCCGUCGUCAUCUACAACUUCCCAGGCGUCUGCAACGGCGUCGACAUCGACUCCGAGACCAUCACCGCCAUCGUCCGCGAGAGCGCCGCCGCAAACGCCAACGGCGUCUCCAACGUCGUCGGCGUCAAGCUGACCUGCGCCUCCGUCGGCAAGAUCACCCGCCUCGCCGCCACUCUCUCCCCCGAGGAGUUCUCCACCUACGGCGGCCAGAUCGACUUCCUCGUCGGCGGUCUCGCAGCCGGCAGCGCGGGCGCCAUCGGUGCCUUCGCCAACGUCUUCCCCAGGCUCUCCGCCGAGAUAUACAAGCUCUACAAGGCGGGCAAGAUCGACGAGGCCGUGAGGCUGCAGCAGCGCGCCGCCCUGGCCGAGAGCCCCUGCAAGAGCGGCAUCGCCUCCACCAAGUUCGCCGUCUCCGUCUACUCGGGCAGGCUGGCUGGCAUCGCCGGCGCCGAGGAGAAGCUGCGGCCGCGCCACCCGUACGAAGAGCCAGCCGAGCCGGCCAAGAAGGCCGUGCGGGAGGUCAUGGCCGAGGCGGGCAAGCUGGAGGAGCAGCUGUGGGCAUAG